UUGGCUGGCGCUUCGAGUCACAAGGUCCACUGCUGUGGUAACCGUCGUUCCCGUGUGGAGUCAACCAAGCCAAACAAUGAGCCGGGAGUGGUAGCUGCAGUAGCAGACUGUAAAGAAGCUGUAAACAACCUUACCCAUCAGACAGAUUUAAUGACAUGGAGAGUAUUGAAGAAAUACAGCAGGAGUUAAACUUUGUGGAUGAUGAGCUCAAGGUGGUGGAGUUGCAGAUCAGUGAGCUGCAUGAGAGAGAGAUUGAGCUCAGGGACACCAGAUCCCGACUGAAGAAAAAGCUGGAACAGGCCUCUGAAAGAGGCGCUGGCCCAAGCAAAACGGAGCAGCUGGAUUUGCAGAGCUUCGCUAAAGAAGAAUUCCCGUGGUCCAAGAAGGUCCAGAAGACUCUAGUCGAUGUGUUCCACCUGUCCUCAUUCCGACCACUGCAGCUGCAGAUCAUCAACAUUACCAUGUCUGGGAAAGACGUUUUUCUGGUCAUGCCCACAGGAGGUGGCAAGAGCCUGUGCUACCAGUUAUCAGCAGUGUGCUCCGAAGGCUUUACCCUUGUGAUAGCUCCUCUGGUUUCUUUGAUGGAGGAUCAGCUUAUGUUCCUGGAUAAAGUGGGCAUUUCAGCAGCUACUCUCAAUGCCUCCAGCACCAAGGAACAUGCUAAAUGGAUACAGAAUGCAAUGCUUGACAAGUCAUCAAAGUUCAAGCUCCUGUAUGUAACCCCAGAGAAAAUUGCUAAAAGCAAGUUGUUUAUGUCCAAGCUGGAGAAAGCGUACCACUCGGGCAGACUUACUCGUAUUGCAGUGGAUGAAGUCCAUUGUUGCAGUCAGUGGGGACAUGAUUUCAGACCUGAACUGAACCAAACCAAGAGCAGCAUCUACUCCCAUGGUAGUAGAUUGGUAAAGUCUAGGGUCGUUGUGGCAACAGUUGCCUUUGGAAUGGGCAUUGACAAACCUGAUGUGAGGUUUGUUAUUCAUCACUCACUGAGCAAGUCGAUGGAAAAUUACUACCAGGAGAGUGGGCGUGCAGGACGAGACGAUCAAAAAGCAGACUGCAUUCUGUACUACGGUUUUGCUGAUAUUUUUAAAGUUAGUGCGAUGGUUGUAAUGGAGAAUGUAGGUCAACAGAAACUCUACCAAAUGGUUUCGUACUGCCAGGAUGCAAGCAGGUGCCGGCGUGUCCUGAUAGCGCAGCACUUUGAUGAAGUUUGGGACUCUAAUGAAUGUAAAAAAAUGUGCGACAACUGCUGCAAUGAGGGCUCUGGCAGUCUUGUGAACAUUGCUGAUUAUGCCAGAGACCUGAUUAAAAUCCUGGAGCAGGCCAGCCAGAUGAAUGAGAAGCUGACUCCCCUCAAGCUGAUCGACUCUUGGCUGGGAAAAGGUGUUGCCAAGCUCAGGGUGCAGAGUGUCGUGCCCCCUGGGCUCUCUCGGCUGGAGAUAGAGAUGAUCAUUGCACACCUGCUGGUGCACCAGUACUUCAGGGAGGAUUACAGCUUCACACCAUACGCCACCAUUUCCUAUAUCAAGCUGGGACCCAAAGCAGGUCUUCUCAAGAAAGAGAAGCACGCCAUCAUGCUGCAAAUGAGAAAGUGUUUCCAGACCAUUGAUCUUGAGAGCUUCAAAACCACCAGGAAAAUCUGCAAGAACAAGAAAACUCCAGGACCAAAAGCGAAAAGAAAGGUCAUGACCACAAAGAACCCCAACCCAAAGGAGCUAUCAGUAGAAACUUUGCUAAAGAUCCAAAGGAAGAAAAGGAUAUUUCGCAGGAGAAGAUGGAGACAGAAGAACAGAGAUAGCUUAUUGACAGAAACGGAGCUAAAAAUUAAGAAGGAACUCAGGAAAGAAAGGAGGAAGGCAAGGAAGCAACAAAAAAAGAGUCUUAAGGUAAAGUCCCCAAAGUUGUCCAGCGAGAGCGGAGGUAAAAAUAGUGCACAGAUAAAGAAGGAAGGGGGCGACAGGAAAAGGACUCUUACUGAUGACUUCGGGACACCCAAGAAAAUCAAGAAAGAGGUUGUGGAUGCAUUAACAGCUGUGUCUGAUGAGGAGGGUUCUCCUUCUAUGGUCAUCCAAGCCAGACCUCCACGCCAACAUAAAAAAUUUACUAAAAGAGCAAAGAAUAAUCACAAUCGCGCUAAAAAAUACUAUGAAGGCCCAGCUGAAAACUACACUUCAGAGGAUCCAAGUCCAAAAGGAAAUAAUGAAAGAGAAAGCACUGAACCCAGUGUUCCUGCUAACGGACAGUUGAUACAAACGAGUCCGGACCAUGCUGCCAUAGAGGUUGAUGUGUAUAUAGACAACCCGGGAAAUGAAAAGAAAGAAACGAAUCCUAUAUCUCAGACAUCCUUACCAGUUAAACCAAAAUGCAGUUCAGUUACUGUGCCCAGUAAAAAAAAGAAAAGGCAUGCUGUAGCAGACAAUGCAGAUGUACCCCUGAGCCAGCAGGGGGCAGCCCUGAUCAGCACACCAUCAGAGGUUUCAAUUAUCUCUGCAGCUGCAGUUGAAGAGCUGAGUCAUCUGCGCAGCUACUACAGCAAGCAAUUGCAAAGGAUCAAUUAUGUUUCUCUGGAAAACCUGCAUGAUUCAGACUCUGGUGUCAUUGGUUGCACUACAGGAACUCUCAAAAAUAUCAGAAUGAACUGGGGGUCGUCUAUCAUCAGAACUGCUCGUAGCCUAUGGACACGAGUCAGCAUGCGGAGGAAACAUUUCUUUCGAAAAUAACGGAAAGCUUUUUUUUUUUUAAUUAAUAGCAUCGGAAUCUUUCAGGCUUCCCCCAAUAUUCCAAUUUCUAAGUCUCAUGAAUUUUGAAGAAAGUACAUCUUGGGGUUCUGCACUUCUGUCUUUGCACAUUUCGGGAGAGUGAAGUUAAAGUUGAUGUACAAAAAAAUCAAAUGUAAACCACUGCCUUAUAUAUGGAUGGAAAAUUGUCUUGAAUUUGUUCCAGCAGGGUAUUUAUAAGUUGUUGUUUUUUUAAAUGGACAUUGUUAUUACAGAAUUAAAACAGAUAUUCUUAAUUAGAAUAGUACUUUCUAAAUCAUGUUACAGGUUUUUGGAUAAUUUAUGUUUUACUGUAAACAAUAAUUCAAAUGUAAAAGUCAUGUGAGCUCAGUAUAAAGUGGAAUAGUACAGCCAGAGACCUUGUCUGUAUUAUAUGAAAUAUUCCAAUAGAGAAGUUGUGAUUCUUGUACAGAUCAAAAUACAUUAGUUCUUUAUCAUCAUUCUUUUAUUAAAAAUGUUCCAUUUGAGAUCACUUUAAAAUAAUAUUAGUAAACAUGGAAGAAGUGCAUCCUGAUCUGAAUAUAUUCUGUUCCUGCAAUUAUCCCUUAGAAAUGAUUUAAAUUUGCAAAUAAAAUGGGUAAUACAAAUUGAUUUUUGUAAGACAUUUCAAAGCCGUU